AUGUCCACCGACGACGAUCUUACGUUCUUCAAACCCCGCUACCUUUCCGACGCUUCCUUAGAGUCAGUGCAAGAAGCGGACGCCCCGUACGACUUGAUCACCUUCCUCGCCGUCAUCCAAAAACUCCAGGUCGAUAUUCUACCGACUACAUGGCAGGCCGCACGGCAGCCAAUUGGAGUAGGGGCGACAGGCAUAAUCAACGAGGCUCUUAUCGACCUUCACACAAGCUUCGCUUUCAAGCGCGCCUCGAACAGGCAGAAAGAGAAGCAAGCUGAGGAGAGAAUUAUCCAUACUCUCAUCAGCGAAGUUAUCGCGCUUGGCCAUCCAUUGAUUCGAAAGCACCGCAACAUUGUCGAGCUGCAGGGGAUAUGCUGGGAUAUUGUAUCCGAUGAUAGAGGCAAUGACAAAGUCUGGCCGGUGCUAGUGUUUGAAAAAUCGCAAUACGGAGAUCUUUACAGUUUUGCAACGCUGCCAGUAGGGAGAGCAUUAUGCGUUGCUGAGCGUCUAAAGCUCUGUGUAGACGUUGGCAUUGCGAUCUUGGACAUGCACUUCAACAAGAUUAUACAUGGAGACAUUAAGCCUGAGAAUGUCUUGGUCUUUAAAGACGACGCUGGUGCGUACACCGCAAGAGUGACAGAUUUCGGAUAUUCCACCCGAUUUGCGGGUGAAGACGACCUUGUUUCUGUACCAAAGUCAUGGCCCUGGUGUGCGCCUGAAUGCGAGCACGAAAAGUUGAAGCCAAUCCAAGCACGGAAGAUGGAUGUGUUCUCGUUUGGUAUGCUAUGCCUCUGGGUCCUCUUUGAAAAGUAUCUCUCAGGGAUUACACCACAUAUGUGCAAGAGUAUUCUCGCGGAUCUGAAGCAGCAGGAUAGAUUGGCAAUGCUUGCUCAGCAGCUCGUUCUAGCCGAGAGAGAUAUAGAGACCGACAAGAAGAAAGCGCUAGAGCGAUUCUUUAGCACAUCGUUGGCCCGAAACCCAGAUGAACGAGACGAAAGUCUUUCAGCGUUGCCUGGUCUCCUCAUUCCAACUUGGUAA